UGUUUACGAUGGAUUACUAGAUCUAUGAUAUUAUGAAUGUGAAAAACACAGUGUUGGGAUAUAAAACUGGAAUGAAAUUGGUGAGACUGCAUUUUCGAUUUAGUUAAAAUGUCGAAUGUACUCGAAUAACGCGAUGUUUUGUUGAACAAUUGGUGGAUUAAAUUUAAGAAAAGUGUCAGUGAAUUGUUCUUUAACUUUUCGAAGGAAAUCGAUGUCGAAUUAAAAUGGUAAUUUCUUUGAUGGUUUAGUCGUUCCUUUGUCAGUCGAUCAAAGAAUGUCUAUCCACAAAGAAUUGCCUGCUUACAUCCAGUGCUUUAAAAUGGAAAAGAUGGAUGGCGAUGAAGAAAUUUGUCUAGAAUUUUAACUCGUCAUGAAGCAAAUUAAACAUUACGAAAAUAAACAUGGACGUGGUAAUUAUACAACUUCGCUGGGAACUACGAACAUCACUUUGAAAAUCACAUGCGACCAAAGCAGCCACACGCUACAUGUAUCAGUUGUACCUAUCAACGAGUUUCCGCCGUACUUCUUCGCUCGUCCAUAUAACAUAACCAUCCCUGAGAAUAACCAAAUCGGCGGCGCUGUGUUUGAAGUGAAGUCCAAAUUGAGAGAUUAUGAUAUACCCACGGAUGCCAUACAAGAAUUCCGACUGGACCAGUAUCUUAUUUCGCAGUACGAUGGGCGGCGAUAUUUUGCGAUCAACAGCUCGACGGGCGUGAUUGCGAGCCGUAAUACGAUUGACUACGACACAAUGGGUAGAACCAAGUUCUUGAUGCUGAAAAUCGUCGCCGUGGACGUUGAUGGUCAAGAAGAAUUCACAACGUUGAAUAUCACCAUUAUGGAUGUGGACGACCUCCCACCGCGUUUCUUGCGAAAACAGUGUGAUGACGUCACCACAACAUGUGACGUCACCAUUUACACAGCAGAGAUUGAUCGUCAUUUUCAGGGCUCGCUGGAUGUCCGACCCGUUCACGUGUCUGCACGAGACGGUGACGUAGGUCUUAAUUAUGACGUCACAUAUACCAUAGAACCAGAUGAUGGAGUUGUCGAUAUCAACAACUUCACAGGAGUGUUAACCGUCACGUCAGCGUUUGAGAACGUCAAGAAUAUGACGUCAGGCGAGAUCCUUACGUUGACGUUCAAUAUUAUGGCAACGGAAUCGUCCAAGCGGAAGAGGAACGCCAGCGUCCCUUUGACGUUACGUGUUUUCCACGAGUUUCCCAUGUCGCCGCCGACUUUCCCAUCGACAACGGCCCCAGCGAAGGAAAAUGGCGACAACGAUAAUUCGUUGAUUUUGGUUAUUGAAAUUACCGUACCAUGCGUUGUCGUUGUUGUCGUCUGCGUUUGUCUUAUCGUGUUUCUCGUACGACAUAGACUAGCCAAAGCGUCGCAAACGAAGUACGCGAUAAAAGAGGUCGAGAAAUCUCGGUCGCUUCAUCGGCGGUCCAUCAGCAUGUUAUCGUCAACGCCAAUAAAUCCGUACGAUCUGGCGAGAGCUUACCCGAAGUUAUCCAUCGACGUCAUCAGCGAAGAAACGGAGAAGCCGCUGAAUGACGACUAUUCCAAGUUGCGUUAUUCGUUGAACGACUACGCUGACGUCACUGAUACUUUGACGCCGACGCCGAGUAGCUCAGGAAUGGUCGCGUCUCAAGAAAUAUCUUCGGAAAACGGCGGUGGAGGUGACGUCACGGAAUCCACGACGACGUCGUUGGGUCAGCUUUAUUCUGUGGUAGACAAACGAAAGCAGCGUGAGAAAAUAAUCGGAGCUAUGUGCGCUAACGCUGCUGACGUCGUUGACUCAACCACGGCUGGUGUCGUUGAUUGUGACGUCACUGGUUAUGAAGAUGUGGGCGUCGGGCGUUACAUUGUGGAUGGCGUCAACGCUUUCGUAGACAGUGACGGCACUUGUAAUGUCGUUACGGACGUCGAGAGUGGCGUCGCGGACGACUUCAAUAAUGACGUUGAGAGUGACGUCAACAAUGAAGACGUCGCUGAUGACGUCAACAAUGUCGAUGCGAUGUCUGAAGAACAUAACGUUGGUAACGAAAGUAUGACGUGGCACGAAGCUAGUAAUUACAAUCACGACUUCGGUGACGAUGGCAAUGACUUGUAUUAAAAGCCAAUUCGUAUAUGUAAAUAAAGUAGAACAAUUAAGUUUUAAAUAAUGAAUAAAUGUGAGAAAAACAUAUAUAAGCAUGUACUAUUUCAUAGUUAAUUAUUUAACAUUGUUUUAUUAAAUAGAUAGAUAGUACUUUGA